UGAGUUUUGACUCAACCCUGAAAAGAGAUACUUCAUGUAAAAGCAUUGGUGAUUCCUGUCUAAAUCUGUCAAUCAAUCAGCCGACAACCUUCAGGGACUGGGACUCUCCAAACCUGGGAAUGGAUUAAGCGUUUAUCACUAAAUAUUUGCUUUUAUCAAAUACAAAGAGCUAGAGUUAGGUAAAAAAAAAUGGCUGCUGUAUUUUUCUAUGCAGACUGCUGAUUAUUUCUAGAUAUAUAUAUAGAACUCAGAGUUUAUUUGAUUGAGCCAUCAGAAUGCUUGUUUUUAUUUAAGGAAGACCUCAGAAAGGCCAAACAUCCCAACAAUGCUGGUAUUCCUAAUGCUUCUUCAGCUGGCCUUGGAGGUCUCGCUCCAAAAAACCUCCAAACCAGCUAUUUCUCCUCAAGACUGGCUCCAAAAGGCAUGCAUGUUAAUUGUGUGUGCACCUAACAAUGGGGACCCCAGAAGAGAAAUGGCCAUUCAAGGGCUUCAACAAUUUUCAAGUCCAUCAGAACUUCUGGCUAUCUCUGCACCAAACAAAGAUAAACUGGGGAGUGGAACAAGUGAGCUUGAACUUCUGCGAUUGCAAAUAAAACAACUUCAGAUUCAGAUGGACAUUCUCAAAGCUACCUUCAUCAAAGUUCAACAAGCUGCCCUGGCUCCCAAUGGAGUGAUUGUGGGUGAGAAGAUGUUCAAAAGAGGUGACUCUAAGGGAGAUUUCCAGGCCGCCACUGCCAACUGCGCACACAUGAAUGGCAAACUUGCCUUGCCAAGGAAUGUGGCCGAGAACAGCGCCCUCCAAGAAAUAGUAGCAUGGCGUAAGGAACAGGGAAUUCUGGGUAUCACUUACAACUCAGCUAAAAACAAGUUUGAGGAUCUCAAUGGCCAUCCCCUACAAUUUUUCAACUGGGCUCCAGGAGAACCGAAUAACCUUGGUUACGAAAAAUGUGUGGAAAUGCACCCAAAUGGCCAGUGGCAUAAUAGAAUUUGCGAUCUCGGCUGGUCAAUCAUCUGCGAAUUUAACAUCUAACAGAUGUUGGGUUGGAGGAAGAAAAAGAAUUCCACCAUAGAGCUGACAAAAGAAAGCUUACUCUGUUUAUCGCACAUACAGUCUAGCGUAUGGCAAGAAAGUCCUAAUCCAAUAACUUCCCCUGUUUUCAGCAAGAAGAUCCAAAGUCAAGUUUUACUCUGUUGAUUUCAGCCUUGUCUUCCAAUGGAAGUUGCCUUCUUCCACUGGGAACCAACCACCUUGGAGCCCUUCCUCUGUCCUCUACUGAAGUAGUGGCCAGACUUAAUACCACUUAGCUUUUACGAUCCAGCAUCAAAGAGAUGUUGCCAUCUUCCAAGUCUUCUCUAGCUUAGCUUACAGUAGUGGCCAAAAUUGUGGAAACCUUUUGGGGAAAGUGUAAUUUUGAGGGUUGAUGGCUAAUAAUACCACUUUUUUUUUUUUGGAGUUUCAAGAUAAUCCUAUUCCACUGCUGGAAUGGCCUGGGAAUAGCCCAGACCUUCACCCAAUUGAAAAUCUAUGGAGCUGACUAAAGAAACUUGUUAGUCAGAAGCGACACAGCAUUAAAACCUAGUUAAUAGAAGCAAUCCUUCCAUCUUGGUUUCACAUGAUAACAGCUGCAGAACUAAAAGACUUGGUUCACUCCAUGGGAAGACAUUGUAAGGCCGUUAUUCAUGCUAAGGGUUACCCAACAAUUAACUGACACGGUGAUAAUUUUUGUAUAUCUCAUUUUUUCCUAUUUAUUUUGCUUUUCUUCUUUAUACUGUAACUGCUAUUCUAAUAGCAAAUCCUUCAUAAAAGUUAUUGCAUUACAUUCUUGAUUCAAUUAUCUUUCCAUUGAUAUAUAAUGUUAUGGUACUACUCCAAAACAAAGUGGUGUUAUUAGCUAGUUUUAGAAAAUACACUUUUUCCAAAUUUUGGCCAAUACUGUAGAUAGCAAAACUUGCAUAGAAAUGUAGCAGUUUAUAGAUCCAUUUUCCACCAUUUCUAAAUAAAUGCAUUUCCUACCAGCAUUUGUUGCUUGAGACUCUAUUUUUUAUUUACAUUGAGAGGUAGCUUAUUUGACGUGGUCCUACAAUGCUUUGGGUACAUUACCUUGAAAUCUUUGGACCAUUAUGCAAAGGAUUCUUCAGAGCCUUGGCAGGGCUAGAAUUCAGGGAUAUUCCUAUCAGUGAAUAUCAUUUUGCACUGAAGGAUCCAGAUUUGAAUUUAAAAUUUAUUACAGUAAUUUUGUUGUGUGCCAUGCAGCCCAAGAGGUCAGAGAUGAACUAUAGUAGCAUAGAACUUAGACUUAUAUACUGCUUCACAGUGCUUCACAGCCCACUCUAAGCAGUUUGCAGUCAGCAUAUUUGCCUCCCAACAAUCUGGGUCCUCAUUUUACCGACCUCAGAAGGACAGAAGGCUGUGUCAACCUUGAGCCAGUCAGGAUCGAACUCCCGGCAGUGGACAGAGUCAGCAUUCUAACCAUGCACCAUCAUGGCUCAUAAUAAAUCCUAGCUAGCUUAGUAAAGGAAGUUUGGCCUGGUAAUUUAACCAAAAGUUUGUUUUAAUAUUUUGAUUAAUUGGAAUUAAAAUAUUUGGAUUAUAUCUCUGAAGAUCCAUGGGUCCAGUUAGCCUGUACUAAUCAACAGCAUCUUCCUCAUCCUUUGUUUUCACAUCCAUUGCCAAACUAAGUUUACAUUUCAUCACCGCACUCUACAAAAAAGUACUGCAUGACAAAAUAAUAUUCUAAGCUAACUCAGAAAAAAGCACCAGAAAACGAAAAGGGAAUGAAAUUCCUGUAGUGGAAAUCAGCCAUUUCUCCCUCAACACAGCAUCUUGGCUUGCACUGUGCAACAGGAUGAACUCCCAUUCUUUGCCUCAGCUCCUGCCCACCUAGCAGUUCGAAAGCAUGCAACUGCAAGUAGAUAAAUAGGUACCACUUUUGGUGGGAAGGCAACAGCAUUCCAUGCGCCUUAGGUGUAUAGCCAUGCUGGCCACAUGACUACAGAAAUUGUACAACAAUGCCCUCUACAGUUGGACACAACUGGACGGGGGAAACCUUUGUCUUUUAAUAAUGAUGAACAGAUGGUCUCAUGAAGUCACUACAUGGAUGAGUUGCAUGUGAAUUAUGCAAACCCCCUGCAAAAAUGAACUGAAUUGAAGGGGUUCAGAAACAUGCGUGGAGACGUAUUCAGGCAGAACUUGGAGUGACUUGAAGUACAACCAGAAUAUUCUCUGGUUCUGUGAAUUUUAAAGCUAUUUCUCCAGCGUCUGUACUUAAAGUUGAUGUCUCUUUAAUUCCCAUGACUUUUUCAAGGAAUUUUAAUACACUGUCCCAUACUUUCUGAUCUCCUAUAAAAUUCAUUUCUCCCUACCUAAUUCUCCCUUUCCUGCUGCAAAAACAAAACGAAAUAAAAUUGCUUACACGACAGCAA